UCUAAGAUGAACUUGGAAGAUCAAGCCUCAUAUCCACACCUGGCUGUCACUUUACCCGAGAUUCUCCGAGAAAUACUCUCCUUCGUCUCCACUACCGCCCUCGUGCACAGCGUCACUUUAGUUUCCCGCCUAUGGGAAGAAGCCGCUCGAAAACACCUCCUGACUAGAAACUUUAUCCAGCUGAACCCCUCAAUGAUGGAGUCCUACAUCGAAGAAACCAGUGUCCGCGGAAACCACUACAAACGUAUAUGUCUGCCUGCAUUCAACUUCAAAAAUUUGUCGCCUCGCGAAUCCCAGCUUUUACAAAAUUUCUACGAAAACGCAACCCUUCCAAUUACCGAGUUACAUCUCAACUACUUUCCACGUGGGAAGCAUCAGGUUGCCGCUAUUUUAAAAAAAUUCCCCAACUUGACAUUUUUACGUCUUUGUUCCAAAGAUUUCGAAACGCAAGGUAUCGAAACUUCCACUAAACUACCGGAACUUACCUCUUUUCCAAAACUUGUAAAACUCAGUCUUGACAUGACCUUCGAAAGGCGGGACGAUUUAGUUCCCACGCACUGCCUGGAAUCGAUCCUUGAAAUCGUCUCACUAUUUCCGAACCUUAAAAUCUUACAGUGUGGAAACCUUCCAAAAAAUGUGGUGGAGUAUUUUCUUUCCAAAAAUAAUAACACGUGCCUCGAAUCAAUUUCGAUCCGAUUCGAUACUCCAGCACCAAUCUCGAUCCCUAACCCAUCCAUUUUCCUGACCCGGAUAGAAUUUCAGAUCAGUAUGUGCAACCGUGCCAACGAUUAUGACGUAAUUCUUGCCACUUUUGCCGAAAGUUUGGAAAAAUUAGAGAUUAGCCCGCUUCAAUAUGUCUCCAGGAGCUCGACUAUAUACAUGGAAAACGUUACAAUAACGUUACCAGCGGUGUUGCCGAAGCUUAAAUUGCUCAAAAUAAAUUUAUCCCGAGAUUCAUCAAGGGUCAAACGAAACGUAAAAUUUCCAUCGGUUCAUUUCAAAUUUAGCGGAAGUCGAUUAGUGUAUUCCGAGACAUUUCCCGUCUUGGAAAAACUAGAGGUUUCUCAACCUGUUAAAUUUGAAUACCAUUUUUUAGACAAUGACUUCUCCGACGAGGAAUAUUUCGAAAUUUGUGCUGGAUUUUUAUUUAGAUAUUUUCUGUAGGGUGAAUGUCUCACGUUGUGAGAGCUUCAUAUUCCCCUCAUUCCGAAGUACUCGUACAUGAAGAACUUUAAGGUUCUGGGAGGGUCGCAAAAUUAUGGGGAUAAAGACAAAUUUGAAAUUGUAGAUUGUUCCAGCUUUUUCAAGAAAAUUGUGACCACGUUUCCAAAUUUGAAUCCGAGAUGGGAAACGUUUGGUGGGAUGGGUGGUGACAAAUUGAA